GCCUCAUCCCGGAAAGGAAGGAGGGCCGAGGGGGAAACGGGAACGGGAACGCCCGCUCGGCGCGGUCCUGCCUCCAGCUCGCGGCUCGGCUCCCUGCGAUGGUGCCGGGGGACGGGACGGAGGCUGUGCGGCCGGGAAGGAUCUCCGCGGGCCGGCCUCGGUUCAGAGCGGAGAGGUCUGAUUCUUCACGCCCCGAAGGAUGCGAGUGACCGAGUGUCCGUGCUGCGGACACACCCGGGUAUCUCCUGGAGAGCCGAGGACCUGACCUGUUGGGAGGCAGUGAGCUCCACGGAGGCACACCGCAGGGAGCGUCCCGCAUUCUGCAUCUCGCUAGGUGGACUAUGGUGGCAGGAAGAUGUUGGCUCGGAAGAGUAUCAUCCCUGAGGAGUAUGUGCUGGCACGGAUCGCUGCCGAGAACCUGCGCAAGCCACGCAUCCGGGACCGGCCGCGCAAAGCCCGCUUCAUCGCCAAGAAUGGAGCAUGCAACCUGGCCCACAAGAACAUCCGCGAGCAGGGGCGAUUCCUGCAAGACAUCUUCACCACCUUGGUGGACCUGAAAUGGCGUCACACACUGGUCAUCUUCACCAUGUCCUUCCUGUGCAGCUGGCUGCUCUUCGCCAUGAUGUGGUGGCUGGUGGCUUUUGCCCACGGUGACAUGGACCCGAGCACGGAGAACACUGCAAACAACACCAAGUGGACUCCCUGCGUGACAUGUGUCAGGUCUUUCACCUCUGCUUUCCUCUUCUCCAUUGAAGUUCAGGUGACCAUUGGUUUUGGGGGCAGGAUGAUGACGGAGGAAUGUCCCUUGGCCAUCACAGUCUUGAUCCUACAGAAUAUUGUGGGUCUAAUAAUCAAUGCUGUCAUGUUGGGCUGCAUCUUCAUGAAAACCGCUCAAGCUCACAGGCGGGCAGAGACCUUGAUUUUCAGUCGACAGGCGGUCAUUGCCGUUCGAAAUGGCAAACUUUGCUUCAUGUUUCGAGUGGGAGACCUGAGGAAGAGCAUGAUCAUUAGCGCCUCCGUGAGAAUCCAGGUUGUGAGGAAGACUACAACCCCUGAGGGAGAAGUCAUACCCAUUCACCAAGUAGAUAUCCCCGUGGAUAACCCCAUUGAAAGUAACAAUAUUUUCCUGGUGGCUCCCUUAAUCAUUUGUCACGUCAUAGACAAGCGCAGUCCUCUUUACGAUAUCUCCGCUUCUGACCUGGCACUCCAGGAUCUGGAGCUUAUAGUGAUACUUGAAGGAGUCGUGGAGACAACUGGCAUCACAACGCAGGCGAGAACCUCCUACAUAGCAGAGGAGAUCCUGUGGGGUCACCGCUUUGUGCCCAUUGUCACUGAGGAGGAAGGUGUUUACGCUGUUGACUACUCCAAAUUUGGCAACACAGUCAAAGUGGCAGCACCGCGUUGCAGUGCACGAGAGCUUGACGAAAAGCCCUCAAUUCUCAUCCAGACCCUGCAGAAGAGUGAGCUGUCCCACCAGAACUCCCUGCGGAAACGCAACUCUAUGAGGAGAAACAACUCCAUUCGGAGGAGCAACUCCAUGCGGAGAACCAACCCCUCCCUCAUGGUGCCCAAAGUGCAGUUCAUCACACCUGAGGGGAGUCAGAGUGCCUCCGAAACGUGAUGCACAGCCAUGUGUGGUGCCAGGGGGAGGUUCAAAAAUAAAUUUCAUUCUACUGAAGAAAAUGAGAAUGCAGAAGAGAACUGGGCAAGGACUAUUUAUUCCAUUACUUUCUGAAAGCACUACCUAAUGGCAUUAGGAAACACGUUAGCACUUAGUGUAUGAAUUAAUAAAAGUGGCACGUACACUAAAGAAAACACAGUUCACUUAUGUAAUAUAAUGUGUAUUUAUACUUCUCCUAAUGGCAUGCUAAUUUUUUUAAUCAUAGUUUUUCUAUCAAAGGCCUCUUUCUCAUCUUUUUCCACUGUCUGUCACAAAGUGUGUUUUUAUCCUGUAGAAGUGGGUUGCUUACCCACUAGCAGAAGUUCCAAACAGCUACAUAUCAACAGCUUGCACUUAUUUUGUGUGAGAUAUUUGGAUAUCAGCUUUUUAAGGGUGAAUCCCUUGUUCUCUUGAAAGGAUCAGCAAAAUUCCUCAAUGAUUUAACAGGAGAAGAAGCAGGAUUUUCCAGUCAGUUUUUAGAUCCUUUCUUUCCGUUGCUUUAUAGCAAAGAUAUUUUGAAAGCAGUCCCAGUAGGUGAAGUGACCUGGCCAUGCCAGAAGAGAGCUUCUGCAGCUCUAAACAGCACCAGGAUUAAAAACAACAUUUCAGCAGACCCACAAAAUAGUACAGCCUCUUGCAGGGUGCUGUUCUUGUCCUGCAGUGGGAUACAGCACUGCGGGACAGUAUGUGUUUGUAAUGUAUCUGCAACCCAUGCUGAGAGAUUGAAGUGUUCCCAGCCUCCCCUUGAGCAUCUGUGGUGCUAAAGCUGAAAAAAGCACACAGCUUUUCAACAUUCUCCUUGUAUUGGUUGAAGACCAAAUCCCAUUGUUGUUUUUAUUAGUCUUGGAGAUUAACAUACUGAAGAUAAGAAAUCUUUUUCCUUCACUUACAUUACUUUUUGUAGGAUUAAGUCUGUUUGCUUUGUUUGUUCGUUUUUCCCCAGUGUGACUUCAUGAAUGGGAAUGAGAGGGGAUCAUGACAGUAAUAUUACAAGUAAUAAUAUUUUCAAAGCCAUGUGAGUAGUUUUUAGGUGAUACAGCUGAAGUACUACCUUUUAGCAACGUCACACUCGUGUCUUUAUACAAAACGACAUUGAAAGUUGGUGGUGAGCACCUUUUCUCUUCAAAUCACAGAGGGCAUUUCUUAUCUAGAACCUUUGCCAAAGUGUCACCACAAGAUUUUCUAGAAGAGUAAGGAGAGGUAAAACAACUAAUUGUGUCACAUUUGGUAAUGCUAAAUGGAUGGAUGCUUCUUUCCCCUGUGAAAACCAAGUAUAAUUAUGGACAAAUGCGUGUUCACAGAAGAUGCCUUAAUGUCUCUGGCUCAGGAAAGGUACUAUUUUUGUGCUGACUCAGUAAGACACUCAACCACUUAAAUACUCCUGUGAUUUUAAAUAUCUGCUUACUUCUUCCAGGUUACACAGUCAACAGCAAUGCUGGAUUCUCAUUCUCUUUGGAAGCUAGUUCAUCAGCACUUGUACUGUCAGCUUAUAGCUUCUUUAAGACUUGGAUGAUGGCAUGGAAGGACAUGGCUAUGUAGUGUAGACUUAUAUGCAGAACAGGUGCUAUCCAUGAAAUACACACCAACAAAAUGCUUCAUCUGAAGCACUAACAGAAACUGAAGUUUUUGCUAAAAGUGUUUAUUCCUGUCCUGCCCAUUAGUGUUCUUGGAGGAUGUCUGGUGAACAUCUGGAGAUAUUAAUCUGUCCGUUGUGUGUCCAAACAACGAACAUCUGUAGCUUCCAAGAAGAGUCAGAAUGAACAUACACAGUUUGUCUCUGGUCUACAUUUGCAGGCCUAUGAAUUUCUGUGAGGCAGCCUGCUUGCAAUACAAUUAAGUCAAAUGCUGUACAAAAGCAAAUUUUCUACAAAAUAAAAAAAU